UUAAUAAUAUAUUAGGUUAUAAUUAGGGUAUUCUACAUGGGAGUUUUUUCGGUGAAAAAUCAUGGCAGCAGUAAGAGAGAAAAUAAACAUCCGGUGUACUCUAAAGACUACAGGAGUAUUAGCAAACUUUGAAGUCCAGGGGAGUUUUUUCGGUGAACAGAGUGGGCACAAUCAUGUCAGCAGUAAGAGAGGAGUAUUAGCAAGCUUUGAAGUCCAGGCAAGAAUUGUUCACCCUGAUAAAAAUCCAGGGGAUCCUCAGGCUACAGAAAAUUUUCAGAAGGCUUACCAGGUUUUAAGUGACCCCGGGAAGCGUGAAGCAUAUGAUAAAAUUGGAAAGGAGGGAGUAGUACAGUAAGUUUAUGUUGUCUUCCAUGACUGAACAGUAAUUAGCUAAUAAUUGCUUGCAAUGAAUUCAUUCUACAUCAAGUAGUGAAGUGUUGAUUUUGCAAUUCAAAGAUAACACGUGUAGGUUAUUAUCAAAAAGCAGUUUCUUGAAUAAUAUUUUAAUCUCUCAUUGAAUUUUCCUUUUCUUGGUACUAU